AAAUAAUGAAUAACAAAUAUGGCGCCUGUGAAGAAAGGCGUGCAGAGAAAACAUCUGAAAACAAGGAGAAAUGUUGUUUUAUGAAAUCUGUUAUAAGUUUCAGUUCUAUUUUGAGUUGCAUUUGGUAAUUUGAAGCAAGCCCUCAUUGAAAAAGUUAAGGAUGUAUUCAAUAUACAAACAAACUCAUCCUCCAACUGGGAUAGAACAUUGUGUGUAUUGUAAUUUCUUUAACACAUCAGAAAGAAAUUUGGUGCUUGCAGCUGUGAACAAGCUGUAUGUCUAUCGACUCAAUCCAGAUCCAGAGGAUGAAAAGAAUGAAAAAGAUGAACCAAGAAAGCCAGAUUACAAAAUGAAACAGAAAAUGGAGUGUCUUGCAACAUUUACUUUGUUUGGAAACAUCAUGUCCAUGAAAUAUGUGAAAUUGCCUGGAGCUCUCAGAGAUUCUUUAUUACUGAGUUUUUCAGAGGCAAAGUUGUCUGUAGUGGAAUAUGAUCCUGGAACGCAUGACUUACAAACAACAUCACUGCAUUUCUUUGAAGAGCCAUCAAUGAAGGGUGGAUUUUUUACCAACUACUGUAUCCCAGAAGUUAGAGUGGACCCAGAUGGACGCUGUGCAGCAAUGCUUGUCUAUGGCACCCACAUGGUGAUUCUGCCAUUCAGACGGGAUGUCAUGGUGGAAGAGGGGGACAAUUUAGCAGGCACUAGUAAGUCACCAAUUCUCUCCUCCUACAUCAUUGACCUGAGGAACUUUGAUGAGAAGAUUAUCAAUGUCAAGGACUUUCAGUUUCUCCAUGGUUACUAUGAACCAACUGUGUUUAUUCUGUUUGAACCUCUGCAAACUUGGGCAGGGAGAACAGCUGUGCGUGCUGACACUUGCAGUAUUGUUGCCAUCUCUCUCAACCUUCAGGAGAAGGUCCACCCUGUUAUCUGGUCCUUAGGUAGUCUCCCUUUUGAUUGCUGUCAAGUCCUAGCUGUUCCCAGACCAAUUGGUGGAGUUAUAAUCAUCGCUGUGAAUUCCCUGCUGUAUCUGAAUCAGAGUGUUCCACCUUAUGGAGUGUCCCUGAACAGCAUCUCGGCCCAGAGCACCUUGUUCCCACUACGUGUACAGGAGGGUGUGAGGAUUGCACUGGACUGCUGUCAGGCCGCCUUCAUGACUUAUGACAAGAUUGUCCUAUCCCUCAAAGGGGGAGAACUGUAUGUUUUAACCCUGGUUGUGGAUGGAAUGAGAAGUGUUCGUAGUUUUAACUUUGAUAAAUCAGCUGCCAGUGUUCUGACGUCGUGUAUGUGUAUAUGUGAAGAUGGGUUCCUCUUCCUUGGGUCUAGACUUGGAAAUUCUCUUCUUUUGAAAUACACAGAAAAGGCGUCUGAAAGUUUAGAAAAUGGAGAUCUGGAUAAAAAGAAGGAAGAUGAGCCAGCUGCAAAGAAGAAGAAAGUUGAAGGUUCAACUGAAAUAGCAUCUGAUGUAUCUCAGAUAGAGAACCUGUAUGAUUUAGAGGUGUACGGCAGUGCUGAGAACCCGACCAGUACCACAAUCACCAGCUACACAUUUGAGGUUUGUGAUAACAUCUGGAAUAUUGGUCCUUGUGGGAACAUUGUGAUGGGUGAGCCAGCCUUCCUGUCGGAGGAGUUCAGUAGUUGUGAGGACCCAGACAUAGAGAUGGUCAUGACCUCUGGCUACGGGAAGAACGGGGCGCUGUCUGUCCUACAGAGAAGCAUUCGCCCCCAGGUUGUCACAACGUUCGAGUUACCGGGCUGUCUGGAUAUGUGGACAGUGAAAAGUCUUGUCCCAAAAGAGAAGUCACAGGAAGACAAGGAGAAUUCUAUGGAGGACGAUUCCGAUGAUAAUAUAGAGGGAGGCCACUCUUUCCUCAUUCUGAGUCGCAGCGACUCUAGCAUGAUUCUGGAGACUGGUCAGGAAAUGAAUGAGUUGGACCACAGUGGCUUCAGCACUCAGACCACUACCAUAUUCGCUGGUAACAUUGGUGGGGACCGGUAUAUUGUGCAGGUGUCCGACACCAGUCUCAGGCUCCUGGAAGGAGUGAGACAGAUUCAACACAUACCCUUGGACACUGGGUCCCCUGUGGUGCAGUGCUCUUUGGCUGACCCGUACAUUGUGUUACUGACCCAGGAGGGUCAGAUCUUGAUGUUCACCCUCAGGACCGAGUCUGUGGGGCUAGGGGUUCGUCUAGUGAUGGGGAAGCCGUCCAUAUCUCAGCACUCCAAGGUAGAAGUGAUCAGUGCCUACAAAGAUGUGAGUGGUUUGUUCACCUGUAUGAAUCAGAUGGAAGACGUCCAGGUGACCCCAGACACCAAGGCAACCAAAACAGUGACCGAGAGGUCCUUCAGCAUUGAUGCCAAAACGGCAGAUGAGGAGGAUGAGCUUUUGUAUGGAGAAACCGAAAGCAAUGUGUUCAACAGCUCAUUUAACAUGGGACAGACUGCAGAAAUGGAAAGUCCCACAAAGGAGAAGAAACAGACUGAGGCUAAACCCACUUACUGGCUUCUGUUAUGUCGUGAGAACGGAGUCUUAGAGAUAUACAGUAUCCCUGACUAUAAAAAGGUGUACUAUGUGAAGAAUUUCCCAAUGGGUCAAAAGCUCUUAGUUGACUCUGUACAGGUCACAGAUAAAUUAAGCUCUGGAGAGAGACAAGAGAAGGUGAAUGCAGAGUGCCCUGCCCUGAAGGAGUUACUGAUGGUGGGCCUGGGGUACAAGGAUUCACGUCCACAUCUUCUGGCCAGAGUUGAGGACGAUUUAUAUAUCUAUGAGGCGUUCAGCUAUCCUCAGUCCUCUAUUGACAAUCACCUGAAGCUGCGAUUUAAGAAAAUUCAACAUGAUCUCAUUCUGAGAGAGAAGCGCUCAAAAAGUAAGAAAAAGGAUCCGGAGGAGUUCCAAAAGGAAGAGAAGAAAGUGGGCAAAAUGAGAUAUUUCAAAGACGUAGCUGGUUACAGUGGGGUGUUUGUCUGUGGUGCUUAUCCCCACUGGAUAUUUGUCACAUCGCGGGGCAGUCUAAGGAUCCACCCCAUGGGGAUAGAUGGCCCAGUCUGGUGUUUCUCAGAGUUCCACAACAUCAACUGUCCUCAUGGAUUUCUAUAUUUCAACAGAAUGGGAGAGCUGCGAAUCAGUGUGCUGCCCACCCACCUGACCUAUGACGCCCCCUGGCCCGUUCGCAAGGUGCCCCUCCGCUGUACACCUCAUUUUGUGGCCUAUCAUUUUGAGAAUAAGAUAUAUGCUGUAGUGACGAGCACACCAGAGAUCUGUAACAAACUCCCAAAGACCACUACAGAGGACAGGGAGUGGGAUACCAUAGAGAAAGAUGAGAGAUUCAUAUAUCCAACCAUUCCCCGAUUCACCUUACAACUAUACAGUCCUACAUCAUGGGAAGUUGUGCCAAAUACAAAAAUUGAAUGUGAAGAAUGGGAGCAUGUAGUGAGCAUGAAGACCAUUAGACUGAGAUCUGAAGAAACCUUGUCAGGGUUCAAGUCAUACAUUGUCAUGGGGACCAACCUGUCACUAGGGGAGGAGGUCACAUCUAGGGGGAGGGUAAUCAUUGCAGAUAUCAUAGAAGUUGUGCCUGAACCAGGCAUGCCUUUGACCAAGCACAAAAUUAAGACUUUGUAUGAAAAGGAACAGAAGGGACCAGUCACAGCUCUAGCAGACAUCAAUGGACUCCUGAUCACAGCUAUAGGGCAGAAGUUGUACAUUUGGCAGCUAAAGGACAAUGAUCUGAUGGGUGUGGCCUUCAUUGACACCCACAUCUACAUCCACACCCUGGUCACCAUCAAACACAUCAUCCUGGCUGGGGACAUUCUCAAAAGUGUGUCUGUCUACCAGUACCAGGAGGAGCACAAAGUCCUGUCCAUUGUCAGCAGGGACCCCAGGCCUUUAGAGGUGUACACUGCAGACUUUCUGAUAGACAACACACAGUUGUGCUGCCUAGUGUCUGACAGAAUGAAGAACCUGGUCGUGUACUCCUAUCAACCAGAAGCGAGAGAGAGCCAUGGUGGACAGCGACUGAUUCGUAAAGCGGACUUUAAUGCUGGCUCCAACGUCAGCAGUAUGUUCCGAGUUCGCUGUAAGCUCUACGAUCCGUCCUCAGACAAACGCAUGACAGGCACUCCGGAGAAGAGGCACAUCACCUACUUUGCAACAUUGGAUGGCAGCUUGGGGUUUGUAUUGCCUCUCUCGGAGAAGGUCUACAGACGACUGUUCAUGUUACAGAAUGCCCUGGUCACUCACAUUCCACACGUAGCCGGCCUCAACCCCAGAAGUUACAGGCAUGUAAUUGGAACUUUUCCUGAACUGAGAAAUCCUCAGAAAAACAUACUUGAUGGAGAACUUCUCUGGAAAUAUACCAACUUAAGUAUCAUGGAAAAGAUAGAGAUAGCGAAGAGGUUGGGAACAUCCAAUGAUCAGAUCAUGGAUGAUUUGAUGGAAAUUGACCGUCUAACCGCUCAUUUCUGAACAUGUUAUUCCAAAGAAUACAUUGUGAGAGACAAGGAUUGAGGACAUUAAACCACAGGACUGUGAAGUGCUAUGUGUAUAUAAGUCUCUAAUCGAGGCAAUGGAAUGACCCCAAACUUUAUACUAGUAUUCAAUGCUUUGUUCAAAGGAGCCUAGCUCUAUACAUGUAGAUUGACUAUUCAAGUACAAUACUGCACAAGAGAGGUGUUUUAAACAUUUAUAUUUCAUGACACAUUUAAUUUCAUCUUUUGUAAAUGCGUGUACAUUGUCCUACAAUUUUUUGUGGUCCACUCCCUCAGGAUCUGUUCCUGAAUCAGGCAUAAAUGUUUUGUUGAAGAAUAAAAGAUUAUUAUGACUA